UGGAUGAAUUUUACGCAAGUAUUCCUCUAUGAUUAUGAGUUAUUUCAUUAUUAAAGUUAUUUUAUGCAGUUGAUUUUUUUUUUUAAUGACACCAUAGUGUAGCACUGUAGUUGAAAAGGCAAACUUGGUCUACACCCCAAACCAGUACAUGGCGGUAAUGCACCUAAACGCUAUUUGCACCAAGCGAAGAAGACAUCGAAGCAAAAGAAGAAGAAGGAAAAGUAGUAGUAGUCGUCUCUCCCCUUUUUCCUUUUAAUACUUUGAAUGCUUCCUCCAGAACAAAGUCAUCUAAUUCGGGUCGAGUGUUGUCGUCUCAUCACAUUUGACCGCUUUUCUGUUCCUGUCGUGUGGACAUGAAGCACAAUGUCCGGCACACGGCUAACAGUUAGCUAGCUCGCCGUUGCCUGACAACAGCCCGCAAACGCAUCCGCUUAGCUUAGCCGCAUGCAAACUUGUCUCGUCUCCUCUCUGGUUCGGACGCGGGCAAGUCGGCGCGGAAAGAAAAAAAGGAGGUCGUUUGCUCGGGAGCCGAGAUGGCGGACGACGGUCGCCGCGGCUGGGAGGAGGACGAACGCGGCCCGGGAGCUUCUCACCACGGCUUCGUGCUCAUGGAGGCGCUCCUGGACAAGCUGAAAAUGUUAAACUGCGACCACGAGCUGCUGGAAAAACACAACAUGAAACCUCUCUCCAGACAUUACUUUGUGUCCAGCCCUUACCUGCCGCACAAUCCCGGCGAGCAAUUCUACGUGUUCACCGUCACGGCCGCCUGGCUCAUCAACGCGGCGGGCAGAAGCUUCGCCGAACCUCAGGAGGACGACGAGCCCGCCGCCGCCGUCGCCAACAUCCUGACCGAGCUCAGGGCGCUCGGUGUGAAGGUGGACUUCCCGCCGUCCAAGCUGAAGUCCGGUUCAGGUGAGCACGUGUGCUUCGUGUUGAACACGCUGGCUGAACACGCGCUCAAGAGGCGGGGAUUCUCCUUUAAAAGACCAAAGUACCCGACGGACACCGCAGAAGAAGAAUCGGUGAUGGACGACCACGCCGAACUGACACUCAACAAAACGGACCACGUCGUCGAGGAUGACGACGAAGACGAGGAGAACCUGGUGGACUUGGAGGCGCCGACCCCGCAGAGCAGCGUCAAAGAAGCGGCGGCGGCCAAACCCGAGGACAUCCAGCGCGCCACGGUGGACGCGGCCGCGUGGAACCUGGAGGUGGAACGAGUCCUGCCCCUCCUCAAAGUCACCAUCAGGACCGACAACAAGGACUGGAGGGUCCACGUGGACCAGAUGCACCGGCACCAGGACGGAAUCAAGUCUUCCCUCCGUGAGGCUAAGGGCUUCCUGGACAAGCUGCAGGAGGACAUCAGCAGGACUUUGGAGAAGGUGUCCAGUCGGGAGAAGUACGUGAACAAGCAGCUGGAAGCCGUCAUCGGCGAACAUCGCGCCGCCCGCGCCAAACUCAGCGAGGUCAGGGAGCGCUACCAACAGGCCAGCGGGGGCGUGGCCCAGAGGACGCAACUCCUGGCAGAGCUGAGUGAGGAGUUGGAGAAGGUGAAGCAGGAGAUGGAGGAGCGCGGGAGCAGCAUGUCGGACGCAGCGGCGGUGGUGAAGAUCAAGCAGAGCGUGACGAAGCUCAAGCAGGAGACGGUGCGGAUGGACGUGCGUGCGGGCAUCGUGCGGCACAUGCUGCUGCAGGCCAAACUCAAGCGCAAGUCCAACUUGAUGAGCGCCGACGAUGCGCAGACCUUCGCCUAGUCGUGGCCGGUACAUCUUUGACAUUUGUUUUUUUUUCUUGAUAUUAUUUACUGUCAUUAGUUUUGAGAGUUUACAACCCCCGACCUCAGACGCUCUAAGCAGUCGUCCACCGUGCCGCCGCUUUAACGUGUUGACAGUUAUAUGUAUUGUUUACAACUUUCGGUUGUGUUAUUCAAAAAUAAGCACGUUAACAAGAAGAAUGUUUAUUGUCAAAAUGGUCCUCUGAGAGCAGAACAAGAACAAAAGCAGCUGGAGGACCCAUAUGGCCAUCAAGCUGAAGCGGUACAAAAAUGUACAGCCGUCAUCGGGGAAUGACGGACAUUUCGAGAAACGUUGCACACAAACAUCCAAAAAAUGUACAGCAAAGAAGGCACUCGUUUGUGUGCGUGUGUGUGCGUCUUUGGAUGGCUGACGUGUUGGCGGAGUCUUACGAAUGCUACACUUAAAACAAAAUAAAACAAAACCAAAAACUCAACUAGCGCGCGGUGACCUUUUACAGCGUGCAACCACAGCGACAUCCUGACAUCUUUAUUAAAAA